AGCGUUCGUCGACCCCUGAACCGGUCUCAGUUCCCGAAACCUCUGAAUCACACAAUUUCCAUCCUCGGCUCUGCCACAUCAAAAAAUGGCCCGAUUUCCAAGGGUAUGGUUUCAACUUGCAUGCUGAGAAGGAGAAGAACGGACAGUACAUCGGACUGAUUGAUGCCAACUCCCCGGCUGAGGAUGCUGAUUUAAGGAAAGGCGACAGAAUCGUUGAAGUUAAUGGAGAAAAUAUUGAAAGAGAUACCCAUCAGCAAAUUAUUCAGAAGAUAAAAGCUGGAGGUGAUGAAACAAGGCUGCUUGUGGUAGAUUCAGAUGCAGAUGAUUAUUAUAGGAGAAAUGGAAUCCAGAUAAAGGCAGAUAUGCCUGAAGUUAUUGCCUCAGAAACAAGGCAAAAAGAGGUGCCAGCAAUGACCUUCCAUCCAAGACAGUGUCAUGUGAUCAAAUGGCCUGAUUUCCAAGGAUAUGGAUUUAACCUUCAUGCGGAGAAAGAGCGUGGUGGACAGUAUAUCGGUAAAAUAGAUGAAAAUUCACCCGCAGAAGAUGCUGGCCUUAGAGAAAAUGAUAGGAUCAUUGAAGUUAAUAAUGCAAACAUUGAAAAUGAAACACAUCAGCAAGUUAUUGCUAGAAUUAAAGCUGGAGGUGACGAGACAAAGCUACUGGUCGUUGAUAAGGAGGCCGAUGCUUACUACAAAAGUCGUGGAAUUACUGUUACAUCACAAAUGCCUGAAGUAGAAUUCCGGCAGACGGCAAGGCGGUCAAAUGCUGGCACCAAAGUAACGAAUGGCGAUAGUGCCCCUGCCUCUGUACAAGCCCCACAACAAACACGCUCGUACAACACUAGGAGAGAACCUGCAGUACAGAAGAGUGAACCAGCACAGGCCAACGGUGGCGACUUCUUGAACCUGUCAGCGAAGGAAAUGCGGGAGCGGAUCGCGCAGAAAAAGAAGAACGACCCAAAACAAAAAUCCAACAUGGACUUCAGAUCUAAAUUUGAGAUUUUCCAAAAAAUGUGAUCAGCUAAGAUAGAAAUGAAGAUUAGUUACUAAAAAUAUAUAUAUAAAAAUGUGUAUAUCAAUAUAAUAGAGGUGUGUUUCCAUUAGUUAUGAGACUUCUUGGUCACUGAUAUAUUUUCCUUCUUCUUGUGAAACAGUUAUUGAUAAAAAAAUUGAUACCUAUUGAAUUGAAGAGUUACACUUAAAUUAAUGUAUGGCUCUAAAAAGAUGUGGUAAAAAUAUUUGUGUUUGGAGGAAAGGGGAUGAUAUAUGUUGGUGUAUUUACUCACUUAUGUAUCGUAUUAUGACGCAGGUUGUGCUUAUGCAAUAUGAAGCGGUUUAAAUGAUGUUUUUUAACAUAUGUAAGUCUAAAAUUAAUUCUAAUACUAUGUAUUUACAAGGUUUAGACCUCACUUAUGUUUUGCUUAUGUACAAUAAAUAAAGUUUUUUCGAAUUUGUCAUACAAUUCUGAAGUUACUAAGGAGAUUGAUUUUUUUUAAAGUAAUACAAGUUUGAAGAGUGAGUGCAUUGGAAAAUUCACCAGAUGUAAAGUAGAGAUAUAGAAUUUGUUUAGGCUUUAAAUUAUCACAUGAUUCUUCAAUUAUAUAUACACAUAGGCAAAACAUUUAAAAUAAUUUAGUAAAAUCAAAUUUGUGACUAUAUCGAGCUGUAAAUAUUUUGUAUAAAUAUAUAGCACAAUCGUUUUUUCUUCUCUUCAUAGAAAAGCAAUCACCCAAGUCAUGUAAAUCAUGCAUUAUUAAGUGUGUUAGUUGUGUGUGAUUGUAUGUUUCAUUAUUUUUCAAUCAAUUCCCAUAAUCCUUUGCUUUAUAAUUAUGCUUACAAUUUACCUGUGCUCAUGUUUAAUUAUGUUCGUUUUUGAAAAAUUGCAAAGUUACUUUGUUUAGUUACUGCUCACCAAUCUGGCUUUAAAAAUUAGCCAUACAUUAAAAUUUUGCAUGUUUUUCAGAUUUGCCAGAAAAUCUAAUGUCGGGAUAUUGCCAUAUAUUUAAUUUCAUUUUCUGCCUUUAAUUUUUUCACUUCUAAAUGGUUUUCAAUUGUAAACAGAAAGUAAAGAAAAAAAUGUUGAAUCAGUCAAACAAUGAAAUAUUAUUUCAAAGUUCCUGGUCUUAAAUCAGAUUGUAAAAUCUAAAAAUAGAAAUCAUGGUCACAUGAUGAAGUGAUAAAAAUGUUUUAUUUAAUUUUGAAUGUAAAUGUCAUAAUGAAAAUUUUAAGACAAAGUGUUUGUUGACGUUUUCGUAGAAGAAUGUGUUGUAAUAAAAUGUAACUUUCCUUAGUUAUACGUUGAUUGAAUGUUGAAUAUCUUGCCUCGAGCAAACAAUGCCAAAAAUAGAUCUUUCAUAAUAAUAUGUAUGUGAUGAAAGGCC